CAUUGUUAUAUCUGUGAUAAUACUUUACUGUUCCUGUUUGUCGGAGUCAAAAGUUAGUGCGGCCCUGUCUGUGGUCUAUAUUUAGCAUUUUAACCGGGAACAUUUGCCGUUUAUUAGCUCUAGGGUUAUGUUACGUGUAUUUUGAACGCGUACACAUUAUGUUUUAGUAAAGUGAGUCGCCAUAAAUGAGGCAAACAGGUGAAUUUAGUAGGCCAGAGGUUUAAAACAAGCUCGCCUCGGAAUAGAAAGCUUCGAUAUUUUCAGCUUUUUUUCUUGCACAGGUCUACUGUCUGGCAACAUUCAAUUAGCCAUUGACGUCAGACUUUGAACUGUGACCCGGAACCUGUACACCUGAGGUCCUCCAGGAUGGCUGGGCGAGGCCCUGACACGAUGGAGCAUGAUGGAGGGGAAACUAUAUCAGAUGUCAGUUUUCCCUUGGGAGAGGGUGUGUCUGAUGAGGGAGAGGAGGAUUUCUAUGUGCCUGAGAGGAGACCCUCCCUGGACCUGGGAGAUGGCCUGAGACCCAUGGACACUACUCACUGGCAUGAUGUGGAAAGGGCUAAAUCCCCAGUCCACAGCUACAAUUCUGUAAACAGUGAUACCCAAUUCUGGCCAUCUGAUGAACUGGAUGAAGAAACUGAGCUGUCUGCUACUAGAGUCCAGCUGGAAAGAAGAGAGUCUUACUCCAGCGGCUACUCUGUGGACAGUGAUGACUGUGAGACCAGAACCAGGAAGUCUCAAGACACAGCACCUAAAGAAGAGGGUCCAGCAGUGGAACUUCCAAGACCAGAGCUGAUCAAAAACCCAGACGAGAAGAGACACCCUGCUCUGACUGUAGACUUCACCUUCAAGGCCAUCAGGAAGACAUUGGAGAAACUGGGGAAGGAUGAUUUGAGGACAUUUAAGAUCACGCUGUGGAAGCGCUACCCAGAGUCAUUCAGCUCUCCUCCCCAGGGCAUGGACAUGGUGGACCUGGUGGAUAGACUGCUGGAGUUUUAUGACCUAGAGGUGGCCCUGCAGCUCACCAAGGCCCUGCUGAAGGACAUGGGCCUCAAACGCCUGGAUGCCUACCUCACAGACCUCUGCAAGAAAAAUGAGGUGCGUUAUGAGCUGAGAGACACUCUGUUGAGGAAGUAUAGCUGGAUGUGUGAGGGCGUUGCCCAGCAGGGAGAGCAUAAGGCCUUUGAUAGUAUCUUUAAUGAGCUCUACAUAACAGACCGAGGCAAUGCUGGGCCCAACAUCGAGCACGAGGUCAGAAAGAUCGACAAGCUGUCCACCAAUCGCAAGGAAGAGAAGCGGAUAACCUGUAGCCAGAUCUUUGACCCCGAUGUGAUCUAUGAGAAGCAUGUGAGCCAUAUAGUGACCAACGGCAUCGCCGGGGUAGGGAAGUCUGUGGCCGUGCAGAAGUUCAUCAUGGACUGGGCAGAGGAGCGCGAGCACAAUCAUGUCUACUUCCUGUUCCCACUGCCCUUCAAAGAGCUCAACCUCAUGCUGAACCUGAAGAUCAGCCUCCUGGAGAUCGUCCACACUCUCUACCCCGAGACCAAGGUGCUGCCCACCUUCGAGUGCGAUGAAGGCAAGGUCAUGUUCAUCUGUGACGGGCUGGACGAGUAUGCACAUUCCCUGGACUUCCACCGCACCGAGACUUGGUGUGACAGCACUGAACCAGCCCCCAUGCACGUGGUGGUAACCAACCUGAUUAGGGGCAAUCUGCUCCCCUCGUCUCUCCUCUGGAUCAUCUCUCGCCCCCUUACCUCCAGUCGGCUGCCCCCAGAGUCUGUGCACCAGGUGUUGGAGGUCCGUGGCUUCACCAACGAACAGAAGGAAGAGUACUUCAGGAGGAGGUUUCAGGACCCGGCGCAGGCCGAUAAGGUGAUUGCCCACCUGACCUCCUGCAAGACCCUCCACAUCAUGUGCCAUCUGCCCAUGUUCUGCUGUGUGGUGCGGGAUGUUUUCCAGCACACGUUUAGGGAGAAGGGGCCGGAUGCAGAGCUGCCCAAGGGGCUGACCCUGAUGUACACUCGCCUGCUGCUGGUGCACCUGCAUGUGCGUGGUGCCAGGGGCUCAGCCUCCCGCACCCCGCAAGAGGAGAGGGACUUCCUGAUGAACCUGGGCAAGUUAGCCUUUACGAUGCUGGAGAAAAAACAGAUGGUCAUUGGCAAGGCCACCUGGAAGGACUGCGGGGUGGAUGUCGCUGAGGCUGUCACCAAGAGUGGCCUGUGCAUUGAGUUCCUGAUCGAGCAGUUUGUCAUGUACCAGGAGAGGAUCCAGACCUUCAUCCACCCCACCAUCCAAGAAUACCUGGCUGCCCUUUACGUGUUCCUCACCUGGAGGUGUAUGGGGCAGAACGUCCUGCAGCAGCCGCGGAAUAGCAAGUUCUCACGCAUGUUCAAGGACCCCGGGUUGCUGGACAUGCACCGCAGUGCUAUAGAGAGAAGCUUACAGAACCCCGAUGGAAACCUGGAUGUCUUCCUGCGCUUCCUGUUGGGCAUGGCCCAGACGGCCAAUCAGGAGCUGCUACAACGCUUCCUACCCGAAAUGAACAAAUGCUCGUCGGCCUCUGAGGAGACAGCCGCCAUUAUCAGGAAGAAGAUUAAAGAGAACCACUACCCUGACAGGAACGCCAACCUGCAGUGCUGCCUGGACGAGCUUGGUGUUGGUGCUGAAGCUCCCAAACGCAGCCGCUCAAACUCUGUGAAGAGCCACUGACUGACAAUACUCUGACUACAGUAUUUAUAAAGAUGUAUAUAUUAGGUUUGAAAUAUGGGUUGUAUAGUUAGACAAACUUAAGGGAAUUGGGGGAAAAAGAUAUGGAUACUUCAGGGUUGCUUUGUAACAAUACUUAACUGUGGUAGUAAGUGGAAAUUUGUCAUGAGAAGUAGCCACAAGGUGGCAGUAGCAUUACACUACUAUACUACUGAGACACAGGCAGUAAAGUCACUCAGCUACUGUGAGGGGUUAUAAAAAGAGUAAAAGGGAUGUGACAAAUUACAUAGGCAGUCAGUCACAUGUAUUGACUGUAUACUUAAUAUAACAUUGUGAUAAUGUUUUACACCAGGUAUGUGCAACUGAUGGGGGUGGGGGUCACAAUCUUAACUCAAGACAGGCCACAGUAGCACGCAGGUCUGUGUACCCACAGCCAUACCCACACAUGCAGUCAGAGCCGGCCCCAAGCUUUUUGCGGGCAAAACAUUUGUGUACCCCUCGACAAGGAAGAGAAACAAUUAAAUUUCCUGCAAUUCUACACAUUUUGCCAUGGGGUGGAGAGAAAUGUCAGUUUUUUUUAUAUGAUAUCUGAGUGAGAGUUACUAACAAAAUCAAUGGGGGACCCUGGGUGGUAAUUUGACCAUGAUUACUGCAACUUUAGAUAGCUGGCUAGACUUACUUAUCAACCAAUCUAAUUAAGUGACUGACAAGAGACAUUUCAGAUGCACAACCACAUUUCAAAAUUUCACCUUGCAGGCUUCGGUCAAUUACAUUUGCAUUCAGAAAGUUAACCCAAUUCCACAUUGAAAAGCAUUAGAAGAUAAUUGGAAUUUCAUUGUACUUCCUGAAUUGAAAUGGAAUUGACCCCAACCCUGGCACCUUGUGUAUUCUAACUCUUAACAGCAAGUUGAGAUCCCGACGAAGUUCCUAAAAAUACAAAAACAUUUGGAAAUUGAUUCGCAGGCCUACAGAAGGGGGGCCUCCAUGCUUUACACAAUGGUGAGCUGAUAUAAAACACAUAACAAUGCAUUUACAAGGUGCACACAAAUGACCUGAUGCAACCUUAUUUGCAAUGGCUGUCUACUUCCAGAACAGUUGUGGUCUCACUGUCAUAAAACACAAUUGAAUCAAUUUCGAACAGAUGUUAAAAAGGGCAGAUGAAGAGAAGUUCCCUCUGAACUAAAUUGUCUUUAAUCUAGGUUACAGAGUCCGUGGCAAAAAAAGUCAACAAUUGAAUGUAUUUAUCUAUCCCUAUUAUGUCCCUAAGAUCGCAUUAGAAUCCAUAUUUGACUUAUCACUAGAUGGAGCAAUAGAAAUGCUCUGUGGUAGAAAAAGUACCCAAUUAUCAUACUUGAGUAACUUUCUAUUAAAAAGGUAAAAGUGAAAGUUAGCCAGUAAAAUACUACUUGAGUAAGUCAAAGUGUUAGGUAUAUUUAAAACCAAAAAGUAAAUGUAAUUACUAAAAUAUACUUAUUAAGCAAAGCAGACAGCACCAUUUUCUUGUUUUUAAAACGUAUGGAUAGCCUGGUGCACACUCAGACAUUAUUUACGAAAGUUGCAUGUGUUUAUUGAGACCGCCAGGCCAGAGGCGUUAGGGAUGACCACGUGUUCUCUUGUUAAGUGCUUGAAUUUGACCAUUUCCUGUCCUGCUAAGCAUUCAAAAUGUAACAAGUACUUUUGGUUUUCAGGGAAAAUGUUUGGAGUAAAAAGUACAAUAUUUUCUUUAGGAAUGUAGGGAAGUAAACAUUGUAAAAUAUAAAUAGUAAAGUACAGAUACCCCAAAAACCUGAAGUCGUACUUAAAAGUAUUUUUCUUAAACAUGAACACCACAAAAGGGUUUUGUUAUUCACCCAAUGUUUGCAGGUCUGAUGGACCCACAACAUUAUUGGGUUAAAACACAGCCAUAACAAUUUGUAAAAAUACUUAGAUGUAGACAGCAUACAUGGUUAACAUUUGCCAUUUACCUCUGCUAAAACACAAUUUGUUUUUUAUAUUUUAAAUAGUGAUUUUUGUAAAUAAUCAAAAGACAUGGGUGGAAUAAAUCAUGUUGAUCUUGAACAAAUAUAAAUGAAACAAGGUUUAUCACUAUUGAUGUUUAUUGCUUUGAACUGAACCAAUUGGAAGGAUACAUACAGUAUUUUAUGGAAAUUAUAAAUGUGCCCCAUUGAACACAUUAAGGCUGUCUACACACCACAGGGGACAGUUUUACUGUGUGUGUGUUGCAAAUGUAUUUCUUGCACUUGA